CAAGUGUGCUGUAAAAUGCUUUUACUUUAUUUAUAAACAAUAAGCCCAUACGCUUUUAGUGGACUUUUACUGAUCAUAUGUGUACUCCGUACACGGGGUUGGACGCAUACAUACAGAGUUCUCAGUCGAAGUCAAAGAUGGAUCUCCCGACUUCUCCAGUCACGCCUCCUCAGCAAGGUUGUGCGAGUGCAUCUCUGGAUUUCUCCUUCCUCUCACCUUUGCAAUUUGGGAUAACAACCACCAGCUUUUCUGUGCCCUCCAAACCCAAAGACAAAUCCAGAGUGUCACAGCUGAAGGCCAGAAGAAGGUCCACCAUUGGUGUCAGAGGCUCUCCAGAGACCAAUUCUCUCAUCCGCCACAUAGCCAAGCAGAGAAUGCAGGCCGCCUCACCAACAUUGUCGCAUCUGCGAUUGCCGUCGUCACUGCCAAGAAGCCAGAGCCUAAAACAGAAAAUGGCCAGCUUCCAAGUCGGCUUGGUGGAUGUGGACGAGGAGGGGAAUUUGCCGUGGAUGACUACGCCAGGAAAGAGCGCCCAGAAAAAGGAUUGUGUCGUAGCCGAUAACCUGAGCUCAACCGUGGAUAAGGAGAACCGGGGCACACAGGGCUAUCUCUCCCGCGGCACACCACCACCCUCAAAGCGCGUGUGCGCUGCCGGGCCGCUGCAAGAGUGUGAGGGGGAGAUUAGAGGGGCCGCCACGUCCCGCCAGCUCCCAGCAUGCACCUCUCCUAACAAGCAGGUUCGGAUUUUUGACUUGGCAAGCCCUUGCUCACAUCAGGGCAAUGCCUUUAUUCAGCACAUGCCCCUGUCUCUGCUGUCGCAGCAAACCAACCGGCAGAUUAACAAUAGAGAUGAGCCGUUAUCAGUCGCGAAGAAGCGGGUGCGCUUUGGUGCGCCCCUGUCGCCCGAGUUCUUUGACAAGACUCUGCCUCCCAGCACGCCGUUGCAGAAAGGCGCCACACCAUUCCGUCAUGCGGCCUCUGAGGGCUCGAAGCUGCGCUCCCUGCUCAAGACUCCCCAGAGGAGCGAAACUAAGACCAAGACUCCACAGCCUCCUGCCGCCUCCCUCCUCACCAGCCCAGAGGCAGGCAACGGCUCCCCCACCCUCAGUCACCCCAGAGUGAUGGAGGGUAUAGUCUGCAGUGAUGUGGUGUUCCGGGAUACAGAGGACCAGAUUCCUCCACUUAUACUUGAGGAAAGUGAUGAAACUGAACCCGGGGCAGAGUUGAACAGUUCAGAAGCAGAAGCCGACCAAGUGUCCUCUCCACAACAGGAGACUGCUGCCCUUCCUCCUCCUCCUCCUCCUCUUCCCUCAGUACAGGAGCAGAAGCAAGAAGACCCCACACCCUCCAAGGGCCACGGAAGACCUCGUGGCAGGAAGAGGAAGCAACCUGCUGCAUCAGUAGCAGAGGUAGAGAGUGAGCCCCAGCCGCAGCCCCAGUCUGAGAGCCAGGAGCAGCCCAGCCUCCCUGCACCACCACCACCGCCAGCCUUCUCCUCGGGGAAGAGGGUGCUCCAGGCCCAGCGCCAGCUCCCACCAAAACGAGUGCGCUUCAGCACGCCGCUCUCGCCAGAGUUUUUCGACAAGACUCUGCCCGCCAGCACGCCGCUACGCAAAGGUGGCACGCCGUUCCGGCUGCAGCCAUCAUCAGAGGGCCCGAAGCUGUGUGGUGUGCUCAAGACGCCGCAGACCAGCGAUGCCGCUCCUACUCUACAGACUGCAGCUGUCAGUAGGGAGGCUGACUGUGGGUCACCCACCCUCAAACUGGCCAAACCUGCUCCGAGCAGCAAGCUCGUACCAGAGGCAGUGGAAGAGAUCUCCGAAUCUCAGAUUCCCCGACUUCUUCUUGAAGACAGUGAUGAGGUUGAGGGAGAGGUGAAGAGUGCAGGCCUUACCAAAGAAUCCGCCUCAGAUGAGUUACCUGACGCCCAGACACCGAACACGAGUCCGCCCUGCCAUGUGGAACCUCCCUCAGAGGAACAGACGGGAGCCGAGCUCGACCCUGUGUGCUCCCCACGGCAGGAGCCUCCUACUCCUCCUCCUACUGCUCCCUCCUCUCCUCCUCCUACUGCUCCCUCCUCUCCUUCUCCAUCUCCUCCUCAUCCCACUCCUCAGCAGCAGGAGCAGCAGGACUCUGUUGUCUGUGACCCUCCAGUCAAAACUCGUGGUAGGAAGAAAAGGGCCCUAGGACCAGUGGUGGUGGUGAUCACGGCCCCAGCAACAGCAGAGGAGGAGGAGGAGGAAGUCGAGGAGCCCCAGCCAGAGAGGAGGAGAACCAGCCGCUCCGCUGCUCUCUCAGCAUCAGGCAAGAUGAAGGGCGCUACUGGAAAGAGAGGCGCUUUUGGGAAGAAGGCAGUGGACCGGACGCUGUAUGGGAAGAGGGAGUUUGCCUCCAAGAACCCUCUACUCAGCCCUAUAGUGGAGUCCCAGUCUCACUCCCACUCCCUCACUGGAGAUGGCAGCACCUUAACAAGCCCUUGCGGAACACCUGCAGGCUCUCUGGCCCCACACACAGUCCAGUCCACUCAGGCUCAUGUAGUGGACACGGCACCCUCCACUACUGAGCCCAGCGAGGAGACAACAGAUGAGACUGAGACCGAGACUGAGACCAGCGCUGCACGUCCCAGCCUGACAAAGGCAGCACAACACUGUGAAGAAGACGUAGGGCCACAACACCACCAGGAGUCUGCCAGUCAGACCGUCAAGAAGAGGGCGAGCAUGUCUCGAGCCAAGGCCAAGCGAAGGAGCUCCAUCUAUGUGUCCAGUGAGGUGGAGGAGCCUGUGGGACAUCAAGACAGAGCAGAGGUGAUUGAGGAGAGUGUGGGUGAAGGCGGGCCACCCCUGGGGUCGGACGAGUCAGGGUCAGUCCAGGGAGAAGUGACCAGCCAUGUCACAAGCAAUGGUGGAGAGGAGCAGGUGGAGGAGGCUGGAAUAGGGCUGCCAGAUGUAGUCACAGCACAGACGGACAACACGAGCCUGGCACCAUGGCAGCAGGACUUCAACAUCGAGGACGUUUUCAAACCGUUGGCGGUGGCCGCUGCUGGAGGCAGGCGCUCAGUGCGGCGCAGCCUGAGGAACCGCGCCAGCGAGCAGGGGACGGCAGCAGACACCGCCUCGGGUCUAGCGUGGGUGGAGCGCAAGUCCCCUGAUGUGGCCAAGAGUGCCGUAGGGGCUCGCUGUCGUAGAAGCUCCCGUGUCAACAGCACCCCAGCCCUGCCCGAGGCACCCCAACACCAAGAAUGACUGAACACUGACCCUAUUGGACACUAGAGCUGCUUAUCACUGAGCUGUGGGAGACUUUCUUUUUUUUCUUUUUUUUUUUUUUUUUUUUUUUUUUUUUUUUUUUUUUUUAUGGGUCAUUGACUUUUUUUUUUUUUCUGCGGGUGUUUUUUUAAUGUCAGGUGAUGCAACUUCAGCUAAAUCCACUAUUGCGUUAAUGAAAUGACAUUUUUAAUCAUUUGUAUGUAAUGUACACACAAUGAAUAUGCUUCUUGUAUUGAUCCAAUGAAAAAAAUGUUUUUAUCGCAACUGUGAAUGAUGGCGUUAGCUGUGGUUGCACCCCCCGACGUUUGCUCUAAAACAAUGUCAGUGACCCUUUUGUAUGCUCUGCUUUUUGAUUGUCUUUUUCUUUUCUUUUUGUUUGUCCUUUUUUCUUAUUCUUUUAAACCUCUCUUUUAAAAAAAAAAACAUCUCAACACAAAUUAGUUUUUAGAGGAAGCUCUUUGGAUGUACAGAACUGCAGUUGUAAAUGUGCCAAUUUCAUUCGCCAUUAAAACUGCUGAAUGACG